AUGAGACAAGCUCCCAAUGACAUUCCUCAAGAGAUCAUUAACAACCGACUAUACUACCCUUAUUUUAAGAAUGUGCUUGCAGCUUGCACCCUAAACAAGUUGUUCACAUAUGUUCUAGCAGGAAAAUACUAUCAGUGUGAUGCUGGGUACCCAACCAUGCCAAGUUUCAUCUCUCCAUACCGAGAUGUUCGAUAUCAUUUGAAAGAACAUUUGGGUAAAACACCAAAGAAUAGAAGGGAAUUAUUCAAUCUAAGACAUUCUUCAUUGAGGUCUAAGAUUGAAUCUGCGUUUGGCACAUUAAAGAACCAUUUUAAGAUUUUGUGUGCUAAGCCGCAUUAUCCUUUUCCUAUACAAGUAGAUAGCGUAUUGGCAUGCACGAUACUCUAUAAUUUCAUUGCAACUGUGGAUCCAAGUGAUGAACUACUCAACGAUGAUCAAUUUAAUGAAGACAUUAAUGGUGAGGUGGCCUUCGACAAUGACACUAAUUUAGUUGAUUUUACUCAAAAUAAAACCCAAAGAGAGCAAAUUGAAUCAAGAAAUAAGUGGAAGACUCUUAGGGAUGACAUUACUUGGGCGAUAUGGGUAGACUACUAUGAUAAGUAUAAUCAUGGUGUAAUCACAGAGACUUGA